ACUGUUGCCAGUCGCCAUUAUCGAUUUGUGGCAGAGGAAAAAUAGAGACUUAAAAAAUCGAGUAACAGCGUUAGGCACCGGUUAGAGAGCGCAUCAAACGCGGCGUUAAAUUGUGAGGAGCUUGUGAAGUUAAUACCACCAUCCGUGAUCCGUUCAAUUAGUCGUGGCUGAGCUUGUGUAAACGUUUUUUUCCCUUAGAAAUUCUCAAUCAAUCAAUACCACCAGCUCUCUGGCUCGCUCUGUCCUCUGUCCGCUCUACGUGUGUGUGUGUGUGCGUCGUGUCUCUCUUUCUCUCUGGGUGCGUGCCUGAGUGUCUGUGUUUGUGUGUGUGUGAGUUUCUGUGGUCCGCUCCUUGGGUGCAUAAUUAAAUUAAUCAAGUAAAUAAAAGCCAACGGGAGCAGGAAGAACAAAAACAAAAACAACAGCUUCAUCAUGACUAUGGCAGGGCAAACGAUCAACGACAGGCUGCUGGCCGCCCGUCACAGCCUUGCGGGCCAAGGACUCGCCAAGUCCGUCUGCAAGGCCACCACCGAGGAAUGCAUAGGCCCGAAGAAGAAGCAUUUGGACUAUCUGGUGCACUGCACCAACGAGCCAAAUGUGUCGAUACCUCAUCUGGCCAACUUACUUAUCGAGCGUUCACAGAACGCCAACUGGGUGGUGGUCUACAAGUCGCUGAUAACCACACAUCAUCUGAUGGCAUAUGGCAAUGAGCGUUUCAUGCAAUAUCUGGCAUCGAGCAAUUCUACAUUCAAUCUCAGCUCCUUUCUCGACAAAGGAACUGUGCAAGAUGGUGGCAUGGGCGUUCCAGGUGGCAGAAUGGGUUACGAUAUGUCGCCCUUUAUACGCCGCUAUGCCAAGUAUUUGAAUGAGAAAUCGCUCUCCUAUCGAGCCAUGGCCUUUGACUUUUGCAAAGUCAAGCGAGGCAAAGAGGAGGGCUCAUUGCGAAGCAUGAAUGCUGACAAACUUCUGAAGACUUUGCCAGUUUUGCAGGCACAAUUGGAUGCACUUUUGGAGUUUGAUUGCCAGUCCAAUGAUUUGUCCAACGGCGUCAUAAAUAUGAGCUUUAUGCUCUUAUUCCGCGAUCUCAUACGUCUGUUUGCUUGCUACAACGAUGGCAUCAUCAACUUGCUGGAGAAGUACUUUGACAUGAACAAGAAGCAUGCACGCGAUGCCUUGGAUCUCUACAAGAAGUUUUUGGUGCGAAUGGAUCGUGUUGGGGAGUUCCUGAAGGUUGCUGAGAACGUGGGCAUUGACAAGGGAGAUAUCCCUGACUUGACCAAGGCUCCUAGCUCAUUGCUGGAUGCUUUGGAGCAGCACUUGGCCACUUUGGAGGGCCGGAAAGUAUCUGCAGCCAAUACACCCACACAGUCGUCGAGCAAUCAGCGUAAUUUUAAAUCCGCUGUCUCCGCACUCUCUUCUACCAGCUCGGCCUUUGGAACUGCUGCCGCUUCCAGCAAAUUCGAUAACAGCAAUGGCAUCGACGAGCAGCUCAAGGCCCAGGUCCUGGCCGAGGAGGAGGCUGCCAUGAAUCAGUACAAGUCCAAGGUAUCGUCGCCCACAAGCAGCGGGGCUGGUGGCGCUAGCGCUGCACUAACAAAUCCAUUCCUAUCGUCACCGCCAGCCGCCCAGGCUGGCCAGCCGAUAGUUGAUCUGUUCGGUGCCGCGUCGGCGCAGCCCGCUGCUGCUGCAGCAGCCCCACCGGCCCAAGCCACCAAGGCCUCCGACGAUCUGCUGCAGUUGGGCAAUCCGUUCGCCGACAUGUUCGAGGCCAGCGCCGCUCCGGGAGCAACAGGUGCUGCACUCAAUGCCAAUAAUUUGUGGAUGCAUAAUAAUGGUUUCAAUGGCGCUUCAGUUUCCUCCGCUGCUGCUACAAAUGCAUUCGUUUCCGAUAGUAAUUUCUCAUCCGUUUUCGGUAAUACGGAACCGGCAGCGUCGAUGUCGUUGCCAAAUCCAUUUUUUGAUGAAAUGUCCCAAGCCCCAGUCGCUGUUGCACCUGUUGCUGCGCCCUAUGCCAACAAUAUCAAUUUCAUGGAUCAGCAAUCAGUGUUAUAUAUGCAACAGCAACAGCAGCAGCAACAAUUGCAACUUCAGCAACAGCAACAGCAGCAACACCGUCAGCAACUGCAACAACAGACUUCCUUGUCAGCAACGACGGCAGCAGCUCAUUUUCCACCAGGCUUCGAUGCUUUGGGUGAUGUUCUCAAGCCGGCUUCCGCCAGCAGCCACAACAGCAAUCAAAUGAACGUUGUCGCCACAGGUUACACCGGCAAUAGCAGCUCGAUCCUUGCGUUACAACAGCAGCAGCACCACCAGCAACACCUGCAGCAACAGCAACUGCAACAGCAGCAGCAGCAGCAACAGCCCCAGGCACCGGCCAGCACUGGAAAGAUAAUUACCGGCGACCUGGAUAGCUCACUAAUGUCCCUAGUUGAUAACUUAAAUAUUAAUAAAACGGCAAGUGCAAAACCCGUGCAAUGGAAUUCACCUAAAAAUACAGCGAAACCAGGUGCUAAUUGGACACCCCAACCAAUGGCGGCUACAACUGGUGCUGGCUAUCGUCCAAUGGCACAUGGCAUGACCGUAAGUCCUGCGCCAAUCACAAUCAAUCAUCCGUAUAUACAUGCUAGUUAUCCUGUAAUGCCAAAUUAUAUGCAGGGAAUGCCGGUGAUGGGGCAGCCAACUAUGAUGGGGCAGGCAGCAGCCCCUUUGACUGGGGUGCAACCGACGAUGAUGGCGGCGCCGCACAGUAAUGCGUCAGCGACAGCGACGGGCAUCAUGCAACCCAUCCAGCCCACGCAGAACGGGGGCAAUAAAAACGUCCCGCUCGAUCCAUUUGGUGCGUUAUAAGCGGCCCGCUCGGAGCUCAUACGUACAACAACCACACCCACUCACUCACCUUUACACACACUAGGCGCUCUAACCUCAUAGACCACACACACACGCAGCAAACAAAACUAUAAUAUACUUAUAUAUAUUUGCAAAAACGAAAAUUAAAAACUUGAAAAAAUGCAUUAUAAGAAAUGUUUACAGAAACUACAGAAACAAUAUAUAUAUUAAAGUUUAUGGAAAUAGCAGCAGCAAAAAGCGAAAAAAACGAGAAACACAAAUGAAGCAGAUAAGAAAUUAUAUUAUAAUAAUGUUGAACAUUGAGUAAACGCAAAAACAAAUGCUAUAUACAUACAUAUAUAUACAUAAAUAUAUAUAUAUUUAUAUUAUUACUAUUUAAAUGAAAACAAAUAAGUUUGACUAUUUAUAUGUAUACACCAAUUUAUAUACUAUGCUAAAACGAAUGAUGAGAAGGCGUCAAGCGAUGAGCAAAACGAAACAAUUUCCAUGAAUAGCUAAAGGAAAGUAGCCUAUGUGAAAUAUACCUAUGAGAACUCUAAGAUAAGUCUAAACAAAACCUGUAGUUGUGUCCUACGCCAAUCACUAAACACACACGUUGAAUUACCUAGUGGAACUAUGUUAGCUGUCUCAAAGCCGCAUCGGAGGAGGAUCGGAGCAAGAUCCUCAUUUUAGAAGGAGAGUGACACUUUUAAACUCAGUCCAAGUGUGUGCACAGCUUACCGUAAUUAUUUGCAAUAUUUUAAAUCCGUCUAUGAAACAAAAAUUCAUGUUUUUCUGUUAUCUGUGUAUUUUUUAAUAACUGUUAUUAAACAAAUUAUUAUUUGUUGAAUGGAAAUUAUUUGUAAAUGCAUUCCAAACUAGGUCCAAUUUUGUCCAAAUUUAAUUUGUGAAAGGAAUACAAUUGUAAUUAUUAAGUAUUAUUUAAAAAUUGUUUCAAUAUAAAUUGUAUGGAUGAUUUGUUUAAAUACUAGGUGUACCACAAUGUUUAUUUAACUUGUGUUAAACUUUAGAGCGUAUGUUGUAUUUAGCCAUUUAUGUAAAUGCUUCUCAGCAUUCGAAACGAUUCGAAACUGACCCAUAAAAUACGUAGUUCAUUUCUUGAUUGUGUAUAUAAAGCAUAUAAAGUGUUUGCAGCACGAUGCGCUGAACUAUGAUUAAAUAAAAUUUAUAUAAAUUAUGUAAAA